CAGGUUCAUAUCACCAGAGCCUCCAGUAUCCCCGGCCACUGUAGUACGUACGCCCUAACUGAUACAAAAGAAGAGUGUCUUCAAGAAAUGUGUGACCACGCCCUCGACAAGAGUUGUCCCUUUCGUGAUCGGCUGAAAGACACUUUAAAAGAAAUUGAGUUGAAUUUGAGCGAAGCGAACCUGGAUGAAGAAGACCAGGAUGACGUCAUGUACUCGUUUCAGCAAGCUUAUACAGCAAUAGAAGCUUGGAAGGGUCAUCAACUGAGAUCUAUUCAACAGGAUAAGGCCUGCACAAACAUCAUAGAUACCCUGGCAGAAAGUUCAGUGUUAAUCACUCAAGACUGGGCGAUGAAAUUCUUGCCCCGAAAGUGCCGGGAAACCCAAGCCGACUGGUUUGCUAAGAGAGGAAUCUCUUGGCAUAUCAGUACCGUCGUACGUCGAAAGGGAAACCUGCAACACCGAGCAUUUGUCCACAUUGCGAAGAAUUGUAAUCAAGACAGUGACGCGGUGGUAAGCGUUUUA